AAGAAAGGAAUUUGUUUUUUCUACUACUAUUGCAAAAUUUUACAAAAUAUUUAAACAAAAAUUAAUUAGUCAGCAAUCGUUGAAAAAUCUAAAGAGUAUGGCUACGAAUAAACGUAAACAUGAGAAACAAGGAGGUCCAUCGGCUAAAAAAGUACCUCCUUGGAUGGAAGGUUUAAAACAAGCUAUGGAAAAUCCAGAUUUAAAAGUUUUAGAGACUGAUAAAGCUGUUGUGAUUAAGGAUAAAUAUCCGAAAGCGCGUCAUCACUAUUUAGUUUUACCUAAAGAAAAUAUAUCAAAUCUGAAAAGUUGUCAAAAGGAGCACGUUGAACUAUUAGAACAUAUUCAUGAAAUUGGCGCCAACUUAAAAACGAGGCAUGAAAAUUCUGCAUUCCGAUUAGGCUAUCAUGCUAUUCCAAGUAUGUCUCAACUACACAUGCACGUCAUAAGUCAAGACAUGAUAUCCGAUUGUAUGAAGACAAAGAAACACUACAACUCUUUUACAACCGAUUAUUUUGUUCCCUCUGAAACUAUUUUAAAAAUGUUAAAACGAGACGGAAAGGUUGAUAUUAACGCAAAAGAUAUGAAAUUAUGUCUAGAAAUGAAUUUAAGGUGUCAUUUGUGCGGUGAAAGUCAAAAGAAUAUACCUACUCUCAAAAAGCAUUUACUUCUAGAAGAUUCGAAAAAGAACAGGGGAAAAUAG